GUGUCCGGACAGAGAGCAGCAGCAGGAGGAUCAGUGCAGCUCUGCGGGGCGGUCUCUUCCACCCUAACCACCGCCUCUUUCUCCAACGGCGCUCGGACAGAUUUAUGCCUCAGCUUUUCUGUGUUUAUGACCACCAGUCCGCCCUGCAGGACCCCUCCGGAACGGCGUGAGCGCGGAAAAAAGCGUAAAGACGACAUGGGAAGGCCCGUGUGCCCGAGACGACCGACGGUUUGGUCCAAAUAGCCCCGACUUUUUGUCAUUAGAGAGGGAAAGUUAAAACAAGGCUUGUUUUUGGACUCCCCUCCUCUCUCUCCCCGUAGGAUUUGAUUCAAAGGCGAAAAGCAAGAUGGCCGCCGAUUCCGUGCAGGGGGAUACUCGGGGCCAGUUGGUGGCAGAGCGGCUGGGUCUGGGACAUAACCUGGACCUGUCCGACACCAUGGUCCAACAAAAGCUGGAUGAGAUUAAGGAGCAGAUCCGCCGCGAGAUCCGCAAGGAGCUGAAGAUCAAAGAAGGUGCAGAGAACCUGCGCAAGGUCACAACAGACAAGAAGAGCCUGGCUUAUGUUGAUAACAUGCUGAAAAAAUCUAAUAAGAAGGUUGAAGAGCUUCACCAAGAGCUACAGGAGCUUAACGCCCACAUUGUGGUCAAAGAUCCUGAGGAACUGCUAGAGUGCCCUCUGACCCCAGAUACCCCUAACAGUGAGGCCAGAAUGUGCACGAGCAGUAGCCGCCUCGCAGCCUUGAAACGCCAAAAUGACAUCGAGCUCAAGGUCAAACAGGGCGCAGAGAACAUGAUUCAGAUGUACUCGAAUGGAUCUUCCAAGGAUCGUAAGUUGCUAGCAACAGCUCAGCAGAUGCUUCAGGACAGCAAGAUGAAGAUCGAGUUCAUCAGGAUGCAGAUCCUCAAAGCCAGCCAGACCAGUGAGCUGAGCUUUGAGAACAGUGAUGUGAUGGACAAACCCAUCAUUAGCCCAUUAGACCUGCGGGUGGAGGAGCUAUGUCACCAUGCUAGGAUAGAGUCAGCUGUAGCAGAGGGAGCUAAGAAUGUCAUGAAACUCCUGGGCUCAGGGAAAGUCACAGAAAAAAGGGCACAUUCAGAGGCCCAGGCUCGUUUUACCGAGUCCAAUCAAAAACUGGACCUCCUGCGAUAUUCCUUGGAGCAACGCCUUAAUGAGUUGCCUAAGAAUCAUCCUCACAGUAGCAGCAUCAUCGAAGAAUUGUCCCUGCUGUCUUCUCCGGUCCUCAGUCCCAGAUCCAGCAUUAUCUCCACACAGAACCAGUACAGCACCGUCACAAAACCCGCUGCACUUACAGGCACGUUAGACGUCAGGCUCAUGGGCUGUCAGGACCUUCUGGAAAAUGUCCCAGGUCGUUCCAAAGCUGCAUCUGUACCACUGCCCGGCUGGAGCCCCAGUGAGACACGCUCCUCCUUCAUCAGCAGGGCAAAUAGAAACCGUGGCGUGAGCUCAAGGAACCUGACGAAGAGCGAGGAGCUCUCCGCUGAGAUCAGUGCAGUGUUGAAGCUGGACAACACGGUAGUUGAUCAGACAGGCUGGAGGCUGGUCAGCAAUCAGGCGUGGGACCAGAAGUUUACAUUAGAGCUAGACCGGUCUCGUGAGUUGGAGAUCUCAGUGUACUGGCGUGACUGGCGUUCGCUCUGUGCUGUCAAGUUCCUGCGGCUGGAAGACUUCCUGGACAACCAGCGUCACGGCAUGUGUCUGUACCUAGAGCCACAGGGAAUGCUUUUUGCUGAGGUUACAUUUUUCAAUCCCGUCAUUGAAAGGCGACCAAAGUUACAAAGACAAAAGAAGAUUUUCUCAAAGCAGCAAGGUAAAACCUUUCUGCGAGCUCCUCAGAUGAACAUCAACAUUGCCACCUGGGGUCGCCUUGUGAGAAGAGCCAUACCAACUGUCAGCACCAAUUCUUUUAGCCCGCAGGCUGCUGAGACUGGACCCAGCAGUCUGCCUGGUUCACCCACACCGACCAGUUUAGUCAGUGCUGUGUCUCUGUCCAUAUUCAGUGACCCUCUGGUGACCAAACUGGACUUUGACAAAGAACCCACCCCAGGACCUAAACACUACCCAGUACCUGAUGACCUCCGAGAACCACUGGUGCAGGACAAGAUGCCAGACAGGGAGGAAGUGCAGGACGCCCUGGCCUCGUUUGACUUCUUGAACAAGAGAAACAGUAUAGCUGUGAGACCGGACUUGGGUGAAGAUGAGCAGGAGAUCCAGCACUCGGACCUGGAGCUCACGGCCAUCCAGAAGGACGGAGACAUUAGGGAGGAAGAGCAGUUCCACUUCAGUCUCCAAGACUUUAAAUGUGUGGCAGUGCUCGGACGUGGUCACUUUGGAAAGGUGUUGCUGUCAGAAUAUAAAAGCACAGGCGAGAUGUUUGCCAUCAAAGCUCUGAAGAAAGGAGACAUUGUGGCCCGUGAUGAAGUGGACAGUCUGAUGUGUGAGAAAAGGAUUUUCGAAACAGUCAACAGCGUCCGCCACCCAUUCCUGGUCAACCUGUUUGCGUGUUUCCAGACACAGGAACACGUUUGUUUUGUCAUGGAGUAUGCGGCGGGAGGCGAUCUGAUGAUGCAUAUCCACGCUGAUGUUUUCUCUGAGCCCAGGGCCGUAUUUUAUGCCGCCUGUGUUGUAUUGGGAUUACAGUUUUUACACGACCAUAAGAUUGUGUACAGAGAUUUGAAGCUGGAUAACCUGCUCCUGGACACAGAGGGCUAUGUAAAGAUUGCUGACUUUGGACUUUGCAAAGAAGGAAUGGGUUUCAAGGAUCGCACCAGCACGUUCUGUGGAACCCCUGAGUUUUUAGCCCCUGAAGUUUUGACUGAAACGUCGUACACUCGCGCUGUGGACUGGUGGGGACUGGGCGUCCUCAUCUUUGAGAUGUUGGUUGGAGAGUCGCCCUUCCCCGGUGACGAUGAGGAGGAGGUUUUUGACAGCAUUGUGAACGAUGAAGUGCGCUACCCACGAUUUCUGUCCACAGAGGCCAUCUCCAUCAUGAGGAGGCUUUUGAGAAGGAGUCCAGAACGACGCCUUGGAGCAGGAGAAAGGGACGCAGAGGAGGUUAAGAAACAUCUGUUCUUCAGGCACAUCGACUGGACCGGACUGCUGGCGAAGAAGGUGAAGCCGCCGUUUGUGCCGACCAUCCAGGGCACUAACGACGUCAGCAACUUUGACGAUGAAUUUACCUCAGAGGCUCCGAUCUUAACUCCGCCCAGAGAACCGCGAGUGUUGAGCUCUGACGAGCAGAACAUGUUCUCUGACUUUGAUUACAUUGCUGACUGGUGUUAGCUUCAUGUGACUCCAAUCUCCAUCUACACACACACACACACACACACACACACACACACGUUCACACACGUUCACACACUCACACACACUCACACACUGUGAAACAACAAACCAACAUCAGAGCAGAGACUGUAGCUCAUGUUUUUAAAACUCCUCUGCCCAAAAGCAGGAGCAGCAGUGGACAUGGCUCCUCCAGCCUUUUGGGCAAAUACUUUGUGCCAUCGAGAAGAAAGUUGAGACGCCUCCUGAGGACCCUGACUCAUUUUUAAUACACAUGAAGAACUUUUUUUUUUUUUUU